CUGCUGUGUUGCAGGAGAACGUGGCAGACAGUCUGGGAAGGUUCGUCGUGGAUACAGCUGAGGAUUCACCACUCUGGUUCCCUUACACUGUCUUCCCUGACAACAUGACUCAGGAUGACAUAGUUUACUACCAGGAUGCAGCCAGGGAUGUCAUCGUUAACCAGGUUGUGAGAGAGCUGGGAUACAACAUGACAGUACCAGAGUUCUCAGACAUGAUAAGAAACGACCCCAACUUCUUCUAUGACAACCCUGACGACCUGAUGAAGGGUUUUGAGGACCUGGUCUACAACGUUAUCCCUCCAAAACUACCUGAUGUCUUCAUGAAUAUUCCAAUGGCUAAACUCACGUAAGA